AUGGGUGCUAAAUUAGGCAAAAGUAAAAGUUUAUUGAUCUCAGAAAAAAUUAAUGAACAAGAUAAAUCAAUGAUCACAAAUUCAAAUAAUCAUACCAAUGGUACAAUAAUAACAUUGGAAAAAAAGUUUAAAAAGAACACGGAAAAAUCUUCAAAUAAAAAAUCAUCAAAUACAAAGGUAGAUAAAUAUACAAGUACAGAUGGUGGUAUAAUAUCACCAUUACCAUCAUCAUCUAUUAAACAACUCGUUGAUGGCUCUAGAUGUAAUAAUCUUUUGUCUGAUGUUCACACUGUCGAAACAAAUUCAAUUUAUCAAUCUGAAACACCAAGUAAAGAUGUACUAGAAUUUCGCAAUGCUUGUAUUCGACGUGGUAUUAUUUCUCCAGAAACGAAUAAUUUUAUUUUACUAACAUCAAAGGAACAAAACUAUCAAGUAAAUACUGUCAAUGAAUCAACAAAUGAAACUACAACAAGAGCAGUCGGUACGAAUAAUGCACAAGUUCAAAAUGAAUAA